AUGUCGGUUCGCGUCGUCGCCAGGCUGCGGCCUCUCCUGUCCCAGGAGCUGGAGAAGGACAUCAUUGUUCACACCGACAGCGUCGAGCCCGAGAAACCAGCGACAAUCGUCAAGAUCCCGAACCCGCGAAACGAGAGCGAGGAGUUUUCCUUUACCUUCAAUGGCGUCUACGGCUCAGAGACGACGCAGGAGACGCUGUUUACCUCCGAAGUGGCGCCGCAUGUAAAGUCGCUGUUUCAGGGCCUCGAUGUUACCAUCUUUGCGUAUGGUGUCACGGGCACGGGAAAGACGCACACGAUGCGGGGAGGGAUGAAACUGGCUGAACGAGGCGUGAUCCCCCGGUUGCUUAGCAGCAUCUUCCGCAGGGGGAAGAAGAUUAUGAAGGACACAGAUGGAGAAACUACGGUAGACGUAGCACUGUCCUACUACGAAAUCUACAACGACAAGGUCUACGACUUGAUGGAACCCCCUGAAAAACGGACACCGACUGGACUGCCCCUCCGCGCAGAAGCCAACGGCAAGACGGUCGUGGUGGGCUUGACGGAACGAGCUUGCGAGGACCUCAAGGAUUUUGAAACGUUGUAUAUCGAAGCCAACAACAACCGGGUAACGGCGGCCACAAAACUCAACGCUCACAGCAGUCGAAGCCACGCCAUUCUACGGGUCAAGCUGACGCAGACAACCGGUAACAUGGUUCGAGAAAGCACGGCAUCUGCCAUCGAUCUGGCUGGUUCGGAAGACAAUCGACGGACAGACAAUGGCAAGGAGCGGAUGGUGGAGUCGGCAGCCAUCAACAAGAGUCUGUUUGUGCUCAGCCAGUGCAUUGAUGCCAUUUCCCAAGGAGCCAAGAGGAUACCAUACCGAGAGUCCAAGAUGACCCGAAUUCUAUCGCUCGGUCAGAACAACGGCAUCACCGUCAUGAUCCUCAACCUAUCACCGCUGCGAAACUACCAUUUGGAUACUCUCAGCAGUUUGAAUGUCAGCUCUCGAGCAAAGCGGAUUGAGGUCCGCGAGAUUGAAAACGAGGUCGUGUUUAAGCAGGUUCCUAGGACGAACUCGGCUACAGCCACUCGGCAGCCAUUAAAGCCUCUGGCUAAUGCUAUAAAUACCCACAUUGCUGCCAACGCAAACGCUGCGGCAAAGCCCGCCGAGGUGGCCAAACCCGUUAAAGCCUUUAGUGUAUACACGGAUAAGGCGAAGCCGUCAGCUAUUGCGCGACCGUCCCUCGGCUCCGCUCCUCCUCGCUCCUCCUCAAAGUCCCGGUCCUCUUCGCUGAAGCGGUCGUCGGACCAUCACGACACGACCUCUCGACCAAGCAAACUUGCUCGGCCAAUCAUUCACCAAACCCCACAGCAGCAAGUCGCCAAACCCUCACGGCCUUCAGUGCCUCCAGCACCCUCAAAGCCCCCGCUGGCAUCGCAACAAACCCUUACUGUGACGGCAGCGGAGAUUGAGGCCUUGGUGGAGAAGAAAGUGAGUGAGAUACUAGCGGCAAGGGAAGCGGCCGAGGAAUCUAUUCGACGAACUCAGACUUCACCUGAAGUGAGCGAUGCGGUCCAGAGACGUCUGGAAGCUUUGGAAAGACGGAUUGAGAACGAAGAAUGGAGGGAGGAUGCCAAAUCUGAAGGCCUGCGGUAUCUGCUGUCGGCUAGGCAUCACAAGGAGCGUGGCGAUGAUGCUGCCGCGCUCAAAGCCUACGAAAUGGCUUUGCCAUAUUUCCCAAACCAACCAAAGCUCCUGGGCAAGAUUGAGCGCCUAAAAGCACGUAUAGAAUCAUCGGGGAGCUCAGGAGGCACAUCUCCCGAGAGACGGGAGAGGAGAAGGGAACGCAAGCCGAGACGCAAGACUGUCAGCGACGAAGAUGGCGACGACGCCGAGGCAGAUGGGGAGGAGGAAUGCCAUGUUUCCACGCCAAAGAUCAAGGCAGCCAAGCUCAAGGCUAGAAGAGAGCCAAAUGUUCUUACGGAGGACGAUGAUGAUAACACGCCGCGCACUCAACGACUACUCGAUUUGGUCAACUCACGAGAUGCGACACAGAUCCGGGGACUCGUAGGAUUCGGCGCGAAGAAGGCACAAGACCUGGUAGACUACUUGGAGUUGGCGAGCACCGAGGGCGGCGGCGGGAUUGAGAAGCUAUCUCAGCUACGAACGAUUCCCGGCUUGGGUGGGCGAACCGUAGACCGCGCAUAUGAGGGAUUGGCAGCGAGGGCAUGA